AUGAACACCCAAACAGGUUCCGUGGAAGCAAACGAGGCAAUCCUGUGCGGCAAUGGAUGCGGGUUCUUUGGAACAGCGACGAUGAAUUUAUGUUCAAAGUGUUACAAAGACCACGUCGUGAACAUGAACGUCGUGAAGGAGGAUGAGGCAGAAUUAGCAUCAUCACCAUCAGCUGAUUCUGAUAUAGAUGAGUUGGAGGAUGAGAUGAGCUUAAUGUCAUUAGAAGGGAGAGAAAAAGAGAUAUAUAUUAUGGAUUACAUUGAGUCUGAAAAGAAGGAGAGUGCAAUACCAAAGUGUUGGUUCUGUAGGAAGAAGCUUGGAUUGGUGUCAUUUAACUGUAAAUGUCGGAGAAAUUUCUGUAAGUCUCAUAGGUACCCUGAAGAUCAUCUGUGCAACUAUAAUUAUAAGCUUCUUGGAAGACUUGCAAUUGCUAAGAAUAAUCCUCGUAUUGUACCUGACAAGUUGAACAAGAUCUGA